AUGCCUCGCCCAAACCGCUACCACCCCUACCAACGUAGCAACAACCAGGCCUCUCAGCGCUCACCCUCCACCUCUCCACGCUUCCCAUCCAACGCCUCCCUCCACAUCCAACAACCCCUCUCCGCCAUCGCCGAGAACAACGCAGCUGAGAGUGGCAUCACAUCCUUCCACGCCGUCAACCCAGGCUUCAUCCGCGCCAUGACCGUCGAUGGCACGCCGCUGAUCGCACGCUCCGUCCUCCAAGGCCCCAACGGCAUGUUCCACAUCCAGAUGGAAGCCGUGCGGUACCCCAGCCAAUUCGCACCCACGCAGCAGCAACAGCCGUACUUCCAAGCCCAGCAGCAUCUCGGCUUCCCAACUGGCGUGGAGCCCUCGGUCGAUGCUAGUAGACUCGCGGCGACGGUGUCGGCCUCGCGGAUCGGGCGGGCGGACAGCGUGGUGGGAUCGAUCAGCGACAGGGGGGAUGAGGGAUCGAUCAAGUCUCACGACGAUGACUGUGCAGUCGAGACUGACGACGAGGACGCCGUUGGCGAGGAAGACGACAAUGCGUUUGACACUGUCGGUGCGGGCUUGGUGGACUCGCAGUACGAGAAUGCGGUCUCGGAGCAGAAGCGCAUGAUGUUCGAAUACAUGCAGUCCAGGUAUUCCGGCAGUGUUGGCUUCGUGCAGCCUUAG